AUGCAAGCAGUGGAAGCGCUGAACAACAGCAGCAAUGGAAUGGGAGAAGGCUUGGAGUUUUUCGAGCUGGACAUGGACAACAGCAUUCGUUCGUUGUUAAUGGAGAUGGGCACGAGCCAAAGACUCGACGAUCAGGAUGAUGACAAUAUCGAUAUUGAUGAUGAGCAGCAAGAAGGACACUUUCAUCCUCUGUUACUACGAAGCAUGGAUUGCGAGACCGCCUGUAAACAACAACAACAACAGCAACCAUGUAGCGAUCCGUCGAUGCAUCUGACGGCAGAAGAACGAACGUGGGCGUUGCAAUUGCGUCAUGUGUUACAACAACAGGACGAUGAUGAGCCGUUGCCGCUGUUGACCGACUUUGAAGUGGCCCAAUAUGCCAUUGUGACGCAUGGGAAUAUCGGAGAAGCGUUGCGUCGCAUACACGGAAUGCACGUGUUUUGUCAAGAAUACGGAAUUCAAGAGAGUGUCGAUCAAGCCAUGAUUUACUUUACCGAAUGGUUUCGACAUCAUCCCGGACAUUUGCUGCACAUGGAUACCGAUCCGGAAACGUGUGAACCCAUUGUGGUACUCGAUUUGGCAGCCUACUUUCCAGGCAUUGCCACCGGCCACAAGCCAUCGAACGUGGCGCCGACCAAAUCGUUGACGAAAACAACAACAUUGGUCGAUGUUCAAUGGCAUAUCGAUGUCAUUAAGAAUUACUACCAAUUACACGUCAGUUGCAGCAAUUUCUCUUCCAUUCGACAGGGUGUUUUCAUGAUUAUCGAUUGCGACGACAUUGGAUGGGACAACUGGUCCAUGGAAUACUCCAAUCGAUUUCACGGAGAAUUAUGGGCACACUAUCCAAUCAAAUUCAAAUCCACACUCUGCUACAACACCGGAUCUGUCGCCAAUGUCUGUUGGAACAUGAUCAAACCACUCAUGGAUUCGACCAUGCGAGAAUCACUGCAGUUGGGAUGUCAAAUUGUACCCGAAAUGGAAGGAACACCGGCACCCGAGAAACUCUGUGAGCUCUAUCUACAACCCAGUCUAGAAAUGGCACAGGCCAAUUUGUUGCAACGCAUCAAGGAAUUAUUGACAUUGCGACAAAUCAAUAUCCAACGAUUCAAAUUGGAAUGA